GUGUUGCUUCGCUCAGCCGAUCCGCAGAAGUUGAGAGGAGUUGGUGGCUGCCUUCGGCCGGCCGGACUUUGCGAGCGGAGCAGCCAGGAGAGAGACGCCGCCGCCGCGGAGCCUUCGGGGCUGCCUCCCUCCUGUCUAGCCCGCAGCGCGGGUGGAGAGGGGCGGGGAGGGGUCGGGUGCGCGAGAAGAACUUGAAACUGUGUGAAGGAAUCCGAAGCAGAUGAGAAGGGAGGAAAAUAAAACAAAGUGGAGACUGCAGGAAAGACUCAGCCGGGGUUGACUGUAUCGGCUGACGCUCCGGCAGAGGGGCUGGGUUGGGUUUUUUUUUUUUUUUUUUUUUCCCCUUUCCCUUCCUUCCAUUCUCUUUUUCUCUUUCUUUUAAAGCUACACCAGCUCUUUCUUUCUCUACUAUCUCUGUAUCACCAAACCCUUGCUGGCUCUUAUGGGCAUGAAACACUCCUCCCGCUGCCUGCUCCUAAGGAGGAAAAUGGCGGAGAACGCUGCCGAGAACACCGAGGUGAGCAGUCCCCCUUCUCAGCCCCCUCAGCCUGUCGUCCCACCCAAGCCUGUGCAAUGUGUCCAUCAUGUGUCCACUCAACCCAGCUGUCCGGGACGGGGUAAGAUGUCCAAGCUGCUGAAUUUGCUGAACCCCGAGGAGAUGACCUCGAGAGAUUAUUACUUCGACUCCUAUGCCCACUUUGGGAUCCACGAGGAAAUGCUGAAGGAUGAGGUGCGGACGCUCACUUACCGGAACUCCAUGUACCACAACAAGCAUGUGUUCAAAGAUAAAGUGGUGCUGGACGUCGGGAGUGGUACUGGGAUCCUUUCCAUGUUUGCUGCGAAAGCAGGCGCCAAGAAGGUGUUUGGGAUUGAAUGCUCCAGUAUUUCUGACUACUCAGAGAAGAUCAUUAAGGCCAACCACUUGGACAACAUCAUUACCAUAUUUAAGGGUAAAGUGGAAGAGGUGGAGCUGCCUGUGGAGAAGGUAGACAUCAUUAUCAGCGAGUGGAUGGGCUACUGUCUCUUCUAUGAGUCAAUGCUCAACACAGUCAUCUUUGCCAGGGACAAGUGGCUGAAACCUGGAGGGCUUAUGUUUCCAGACCGGGCAGCUUUGUACGUGGUAGCAAUUGAAGACAGACAGUACAAGGACUUCAAAAUCCAUUGGUGGGAGAAUGUCUAUGGCUUUGACAUGACCUGCAUCCGGGACGUUGCCAUGAAGGAGCCCCUGGUGGACAUCGUGGACCCAAAGCAAGUGGUGACCAAUGCCUGUUUAAUAAAGGAGGUGGACAUUUACACGGUGAAGACGGAAGAGCUGUCGUUCACAUCUGCCUUCUGCCUGCAGAUCCAGCGCAAUGACUACAUCCACGCCCUGGUCACCUAUUUUAAUAUCGAAUUUACCAAGUGCCACAAGAAAAUGGGGUUUUCCACAGCCCCCGAUGCCCCCUACACCCACUGGAAGCAGACUGUCUUCUACUUGGAAGAUUACCUCACUGUCCGAAGAGGAGAAGAGCUCUACGGGACCAUCUCCAUGAAGCCAAAUGCCAAAAAUGUGCGAGACCUCGAUUUCACAGUAGACUUGGAUUUUAAGGGACAGCUGUGUGAAAUAUCUGUAUCUAAUGACUACAAAAUGCGUUAGCACACGUGGGAAGCUGCAGAGAGUGAGCGAGAAAAAACUCUCACCUCAAUCUGCAGCACUGUAACAAGGAAUACUGUUUGCAGGACUACACGCUCGAAAACCAGUUUUAAACUCUGCCUUGAAGAUUGGGGAACUCACUGGGGCUCCCGUGGGCCCUGCCACUGGACAGAUGACCUCCAGCUCCUCAGCUCUGCUCUGCGAGCCCUCCACAAAGGCUUUGCAGUCACUGACCAAGAGCGACCUCGAGUGCUGCGGCUGGGCCCGAGGCCAGAAAGUACCCAUGUAAACCCAUUGUCCUCCUUUACUGUGAAUCUCCGGAUCUUCCAAGUUUUGCAUGCUGCAGGCAUCUAGGGCAGAUCGCUUCACUAGAACCUGGAGACUAGUAUCUUUGAUAGCAUAAGCCAGAGUUUCUGUCUGUGCGGUGGUGUGUGCGUGCGUGUGCGCAUACAGCAUAUACAGUUGUUUCUUUACCCACAAUACUGUAUAUGCAUUGCAUAUACAACCAUUGGGUACACUCAUGUGUUCAUUCAGGGCGUGUGUGUGUGCGUGUGCGUGUGGGUAGAAUAUAUAUUACUCUCAGAGGAGAUUCUGUUGCUUUUGAAUAGGAAUUUGUUUUGUGAUUAGCUCUCCCCUUCCUCAUCCCUUACCAGAUGUUAAGCAUCUAUGAAAUUUUCUCUGUACUAGCUCUGGUCUCCUUUUGACUAGACCGUGGCUCUGAACCCUGAGCAUAGUACCACACUCUGUGGGCACUCAAUAAAUGCACAUGAGA